CAUGCGCGGAAGUUCAACGACCUGCACAUUUCAAACCUUGGCGGCGGGUAGAAAAAUAAAUCUGACCGAGAAGAAAAUACAAUACAACAAAAGGAUAUAACUCAAACGUGCAAAGAUGACAAGCACACUGAAAGGCAUUACCCUGAAAGGCAGCGCUGAGCUUGUGGCCGAGUUUUUCUCAUUCGGGAUCAACAGUAUCCUGUACCAGCGAGGACUCUACCCACCGGAGACCUUCUCCCGAGUCGCCCAGUAUGACAUGAGCCUUCAACUCACCACUGACACCAAGCUGAAGAACUACCUGACCAACGUUGUGACACAGCUCAAAGAGUGGCUGUUUGACUGCACAGUGCAGAAGCUAGUCCUUGUUAUCACAUGUCUGGAGACUAGUGAGGUGCUGGAACGGUGGCAGUUUGACAUUGAGUGUGACAAGAGUGCCAAGGAGAUCAGCGCUCCCAGGGAGAAGUCCAUCAAGUCCAUCCAGGAUGAGAUUCGCUCAGUCAUCAGACAGAUCACCGCCACUGUCACCUUCCUACCCCUGCUGGAGACUGCCUGUGCCUUUGACCUCCUCGUUUACACCGACAAGGACCUAGAGGUGCCCGACAAAUGGGAGGAGUCGGGCCCCCAGAUCAUCGACCAAUCGGAGGAGGUUCGUCUGCGUUCCUUCACCACCUCCAUCCACAAGGUCAACAGCAUGGUGGCCUACAAGAGGGCCAACUCAGCCUAGAGCCUUGACCUCUAACCUGCCGCCUCCUGUACAUAGUUAUCGCUCAAUGCCACAUCUUCCCUGCCGAAUACAACAAGGAACGUUGGAGAUUGACUACAAUUGAUCUACAAAUCAUAAUCCAUAGUAAUUUAGGAUCCAAUGUGAUUUGUAGGUCAGCCAGUCUGCAGUCGCCGACUGCCAUCUCAAACGCGCACAAUGGCUAUGAGAUAAUAUAUACUACGCUUACCCUUUCCUGCCUCCGCCUCUCAUAUCUCUCCCUCUCUCUCCCUGUAUAUCUAAAGUCCUUUAUCCUGAUUAUUCUGUUGUGUCAUUUUCUCUGUGUAUUGGGGAGGCCUUGUUCUUCCUGACUCACUGCUUUGAUGUAAAUAUAUUGCCUGUCAAUGGUCACCGAUCUCUUUUGGUCCAAUGCAUUUACUUCCUUCUGAACUUUACCUUGUGAUCUAUCCAGUACUGAGCCUCGCUGUUUUAGAAGCUAGUGUUUUGUGUGUUGUAUUUUUAAGAAAUGUCCCUACAAUAUAUAAACGUUUACCAUUUGA